CUCACUCACUCGCCACCACCUCCAUUGCCCUCCCUUUCACCCUAGCCAGGCAGCUCGAUCCUCCGCGGUUCAUCGGAUCGAUCGCUGCCUAGCCUUGAUGGUUGGAUAUUAAUCUUGUUACUACCUUUAGCUGCCUGCCUGUCAACCGAUCCAUGGCGGCCAUAGAUUAAUCAAUCCUUGUGCUAAGCUUUUCCUUCGUCUGAUCAUCCUAUCCCGUUCUGCCCCCUUACAUUUAUCAACCCCGUUCCCGUCCCGUUCCCCCACUCUCUCUCCUCCUCCUCCUCUCCUGCAGCCCCCUCCCCCUCUCCUCCCCGCAGCGGCUACCCGCUGAGCAGGAUCAAGGGAAGGAGGUGGAGGAGGAAGAAGCAGCAGCCAACAAUCAGCCAAGAACUCUGCUGGAGGGUGCAUGCAGAUCGAUCGACCGACGAACACUUGCGGCUAGGCAGCAGACAAUGAGUUAUUAGGGAUCAGAAAGGCAGAUCAGAGAGACAAGCCUCGAGACAAAAAGCUCAUCCCUGUCUACUAGCUAUUGUAUUGCUGCUCCCCUAGCUAGCUAGACAGAUCUCUGGGUUUCUUUCUACAAGGUUCCAUCACGCAUCUCACUGAUCUCCAUUGAUCAAACAAAGGCAUAGUUAUACAUCGGUCAAUUGAACGGACGACAUGGGUAGCAACACACAGCCGCAGGUCCCUCCGGGUUUUCGGUUCCACCCGACUGACGAGGAGCUCGUGGACUACUACCUCCGCAAGAAGGUGGCGUCCAGAAGGAUCGACCUAAACGUCAUCAAGGAUGUUGAUCUCUACAAGAUAGAGCCAUGGGAUCUCCAAGAGAAAUGCAGGAUAGGGCCUGAGGAGGAGCAGAGCGACUGGUACUUCUUCAGCCACAAGGACAAGAAGUACCCGACAGGGACUCGGACAAACCGCGCUACCGCGGCGGGUUUCUGGAAGGCGACGGGGAGGGACAAACCCAUCUAUGCAAAGCACUGCCUGGUUGGCAUGAGGAAGACCCUGGUGUAUUACAAGGGCAGAGCUCCCAAUGGCCAGAAAUCCGACUGGAUCAUGCAUGAGUACCGCCUCGAGACCAAUGAGAAUGGCCCUCCACAGGAAGAAGGGUGGGUAGUAUGCAGGGUGUUCAAGAAGAGAUUACCAACAACAAGAAGGGACCUAGACCAUGAUGCGCCAUGUUGGUACAUCGAUGACGAUGGGCCCUUCAUGCAUGACCUCAACUCUCCCAUGAGAGGAAUGCCGCCUCACCACAGCAUGGCACUGCAAGAACAACACCUCCAGAUGCUCAACAGCACCUACAAGAGGGAGCUGAAGCUGCAAUACCAAAUGCCAAACCAUCAUCAUGUUCUCAACACCAUUCCUCACGAGCUAGAGAGCCCUUCUUCCUUCCACUCUCUUUUGGUAUCGCCAGACGAUCACCAAAUCAAUGUGCACCAUGCCCAGCACCACCAUGUUCAACUUAUUGACCAUGCCGUCGACGACCAAGCUGCCACCGACUGGAGAGUUCUGGACAAGUUCGUCGCGUCUCAGCUUAGUAACGAUGCGGCCAAGGGUGUCGAUUAUGCUCAUGAAGGAGACAUUCUUCAGCUCAACGAGAAGGCGCAAGAGUUGGCAACUGAUUACGCGUCGACCUCAACAUCGAGCAGUCAAGUUGAUCCAUGGAAAUGAUGAGCAGCGGCAUCAAUGGAAUAUACUAGCAUCCCAUCUAUAAUUAUUAUAUUAAGGAGUUACAAUAAGGAUGAUGAUCAUAUAUCAAUUAUUGGACAGAUAAGUAUUUUGAGUUACAUAACGCCAUGUAAAUAAGACUAUUACAUAUGCUGUGUGUAGUGUUGUGCUGCUUACGUGUUUCAGGGGCAUUGUACUAAAUAUACAAUUACAUAUCACACUGUGUUGCUAUAUAUAUGAAAUAAUAUCAUGGAGAAUAUAAAGGCUUCAUGAAUUAUGAUU